UUCUCGAUAACUUAUCAACCAAACCUGACCUCUGACCCACCGUGCAUGCGGAAACAUGGCCGCAUCUGGCGUGAAAAUGGACAGAAAACAGCUCCUUGCGACCUGUUUACGGGUGGCUGGCUUCGUGGUGACCAGAUAUCCCUUCUGGCAUGCGCUGGUGCUGAUCAUGAACUUUGCGGAGCGCUCAAAGACCAAGAAAUACCCUGACCUGGAGAUUCCGUGGGUGUACGCUGACCUGGGAGCCUACGUCCUGCUGGCGUCUUUCACGUCUUUCAACAUCAAGCGUCGCUGGUUCGCCAUCGCGGUUGCCGUACAGCUAGCCGUCAGCGUAACCCUCUCUCUCACCAGCCGACACGCGCCCUACUCGGAAUGGCUGUCCAUCCGCAUCUCCUCCAAAAGUCUCGCCGUCAUCGGAAGCUACCUUACCAUCGGAAGCGGCAUUGGAGAGCUUUACCGACGGAAGCCACGCGACCGAUCGACCCAGCAAAUCUCCCUAAUGUUCACGGGCCUACACCUUGUGUGCCAAGCGUACACGCUCUUCUACAGUAGGGAGGACAAGCAAGCGUUCCUCGAGCAUAUAUUCGGUGGUCAGCCGAUGCUGUCCAUCUUUACGUUUCUCCACGUGGCGUUAGGACUGGCGUCUUCCGGUUACGAGCCCAAGCUUUUGUCCCGAGUCAUGAUGGUUGUUCUGUUCGUUACGGCCGCUUUUUUGGACACUGACAUCAACUACUGGACACGGGGUAGACAUGUGGAGUUUUGGGUACAAGUACGACUGCUGACAGACAACUUGUGUAUCUUUGCAGGGUUGUCCAUGAUGGCCAUAGAUGGGUAGUGACUACAUGUUAUAAUUGUGUAAUGGUGCAGCAUGGAACAUGUGUUCUUACUACUACUUAGUGGGGGUUGUACCCAAAAUGGGAAGGUAACAAAAUCACAUCAACAGCUACUAGUGAAUUCUUUCAUCAGUGACAACUUUGGAAGGAUAAGGAUACUAACCUCCAAAUUUUCGAUGGCUAUCAGUCCAUCUUGUUCACGGAGUAGACUAAUCUUGCGAAAGCGCGAGACUAGGCCCGAGACUUGCAUCGGUCUUCCGGGCCCCAUCCCCUGUUGAUGAAAGAAUUCACUAGUAACUGUAUCUAUACGUGACAAAUGAACCUCUUCAACGACAUCAACAGCUGUUAUUGUUGCAAGUAGAAAUGCUAUUUAAAUGAAGCCUGUGCUUUAGAUAGCCGGAAGUUUUAGUUGGAUUAGUUGUAAGUUCUAAGAGCAAAGUGGAUUUCCCCUCUGGUCUCUCAGUCACUGACGAAAGCUAGUGGAUACUAGCUGAAACGUCUGAUGUUUCCAAAAUCAUAACCAGUUGCUUGAGUAACUGUCUUUUUGGCCAUAAGUGGAUUUCUAGUCUAGGUGUACUUUUUUCUACCUCGAAAUAUUACCUUUAAUGCUAUACAUGUACCUUAUGGCAUACUGUGUAUACAGUAGAAUAGACAGAAUGUUUCUUAAGUAUAGUCACAACCAAGGAACACAUAGUUAUCAAUGUCAUAACCUUUCAUGUGCAAUCAUUAAUACUUUACUUACAUGAAAAGUCUAGUAACAGUUUAGUCAAAACUGCUAUAAUGCUAUUAGCUUUUUGGAUGAAGAGGCCUGAAGUAUUUUAGACUGCUGGCCUUGCAACUUGCAAGUGUAUGUGUGUUUUACUAACAAUGUCUUAAAGUGGACAAUCCACGUACUCUGUAGCUUGUGAUGUAAUGCUGUUAGAAUAAACAGGGUAACAAAUUA